AUGCACUUCGCGCUCCCAACUCGGAACCACCGUUCCUCCCCCUUCCUCGCAGCAUCGUCUGUCCCACGCGCAUACUUCUCCCGACGGCGACCUAUAUACGCCCUCAUCGCGCUCGUGGUAAUCCUGAUCUUAUUCUUUGGCCGAAGCUCUGGCCCAUCACGGCCAUCGGAUGCGCCAGACACAGUGCUAGUUCUACUGGUGGACCGGAAACACCACUCGGGGGAGCAUAUUGAGCGAGUGAUCGAGAAUCGCCGUACAUAUGCUGAAGCCCAUGGCUACGGUCUAUUUGUCAAGUCUACCAGCGACUAUCCAAUCGGGCCUGUCCCCAGCGGCUGGUCCCGCAUCCCCGCUCUCCGCCAUGCCAUGUCCACCUUCCCAUACACAAGCACCUUCUUCUUCCUUGACUCCAACAGCAUCAUCAUGAAUCCAGAGCUCUCCAUCGAAUCCCACAUCAUGGCUCCCGAGCGCCUCACAAAGCUUAUGCGCCGCGAUGUGCCCAUUGUCCCGCCUGACAGCGUAAUCAAGACAUACCGCCACGUACCCGCGGAGCGAAUCCAAUUUGUGCUGACGCAAGAUAAAGAGGGGCUGGAUCCGAGCGCGAUGAUAGUCAAGAGGGGACAGUGGGCAAGUUAUCUGCUUGACGCCUGGUUUGAUCCGAUUUUCAGGCUGUAUGGGUUCCAGAAGGCGGAGAGGCAUGCAUUGGAGCACAUCGUCCAAUGGCACCCCACAAUCCUCACGAAGCUUGCACUGGUCCCACAAAACAUCAUGAACAGCUUCCCCAGCACUGGCAACAGCGAUGAAGGCGCAUACGAGGACGGCGAUUUUAUCCUCAACCUUGGCGACUGCGAGGCAUAUGGGCGCAACUGCGAGAAGGAGUGGAAGAAAUGGAUUGCAAAAAGGGCAGUCUUGGACGAGUAG